AUGGCCGAUCAGGGCAAUACGACGGAGCCCAUCCUCUACUGCUACAAGUUGGACAGUAUAUCCAGCGGCGGUGUCUGGAAUGAGAGGCCCUUGCACAAGUUCGCCAUUCCUGUCCUGCUCUGGCAGAUGGUCCUGGCGGUGAUAGUCUCCCGCGGCUUGGCCUUCCUCCUCAAACCCCUCCGCCAACCCAGAGUCGUCGCCGAGAUUCUGACUGGCAUCGUCCUCGGGCCAUCGGUACUAGGGAAGAUCGUGAUACACGAGGCGGGCAUACCGGUUUCGUUGGGUGAAGUAGUGUAUCCGGCGGCGAGUCACCGCCUGCUCGAGACCAUGGGGUUGAUCGGCCUGCUCUACUAUCUCUUCAUGGUCGGCAUGGAAUUCGACUUGCAAAUAUUUGAGAGUUGGAGGGAGAAGGUGAUAGCAAUUGCGGCGGCCAACAUGGCGCUUCCCUUCAUCGUUACCCUCUUGGCAGCCAACGUGAUGAACCUGCAGCCCCCGGGGCACGUGAACUACUUGAGUCAGGUCGUUUUCAUCGGAAGUGCGACGACCGUCACGUCGUUCACGGUUCUCGUCCGUGUCCUAGCAGAGCUCAAGAUCCUGAACAGCGAACUCGGCCAGCUCGUCAUGCCCUCUGCCAUCCUCUCCGACCUGAUGACCUGGGUCUUACUAGCCGCCACCGUCGUUCUCCCCGCCUCCGCCGGAUCCAACCGAGACAUUGCACCUACGAAAUUCGCGUUCCUGUGGAUCUCGGUUUCGGGCAUCGCCUUCACGGCCGCCUGCUGGCUGGUGAUCCGGCCGACCAUGUGCUGGAUUCUGAGGCGGACGCCGGAGGGCGAGCCCGUCGACGACGUCUAUAUCAGCGUCAUAGCCACCGGUGUGCUGGCGGUCGGGAUUAUUACAGACAUGAUCGGAUUCCACGCCGUCUACGGCGCCUUCGUCUAUGGGCUGGUGGUACCACGCGGACCGCUCACCAUCGGGUUAAGGAACAGGCUGGAGGAGUUCGUGAUCGGCCUGCUGAUGCCUAUCUUCUUGGCCACCUGCGGCUUCAAGGCCGACCUGUCCCUCCUCAAUACCGAAGACAAGAAGGGAGCGGCGGUCAUCUCCACGCUGUCGAUGAUUAUAGUGCUCUCCUUCCUCGUGAAGCUGGGCAGCAGCAUGGCCAUCGCUCAGUACAAUUCCAUGACUGCUCCCGAGAGCUUGUCCCUUGGACUCCUCAUGAACACCAAGGGCCCCAUCGAUAUGAUCAUCCUCAACAUCGGCAAACAUAAACAGAUCUUCGACGUGCGAAUGUACACCGUGUUGAUUCUUGGGUCGAUCUUCACGAUGGCGGCCGUAACCCCAUCUGUGGCGAUCCUGAACAAGACGUCGCGGAUCCGCGUCGCCCACAAGAGGCGGAACCUGCAGCGGUGCCGGCCGGACAUGGAGCUGCGGAUGGUGGCGUGCGUCUACAACGCCCGCAACGUCCCCUCCGUCAUCAGCCUUCUGCAGAUGUCCAACCCCACCAAGCGCUCCCCCAUCUUCGUCUACGCCCUCCACCUCUUGGAGCCCACAGGCCGCGCCUCGGCCAUGCUCAUCGUCCACGAGAUCGGCAAAAGCAAAGGCCAGAGGCAGGUCGUUAGCAACCCAUCCGGCGGUGCCAUGCAGUCAGAGCAAAUCAUCGCGACCUUCGAGAGCUACGAGCAGCACGCCGGCGGCGUCUCCGUCCAGCCGGUCACCGCCAUCUCCCCUUACUCCACCAUGCACGAGGACGUCUUCAACAUCGCCGAGGAGCGUCACUCCACCCUCAUCAUCCUCCCCUUCCACAAGCAGCUGUCGGUGGCCGGCGAUUUCGAGGACAUCAACCCGUCUAUUCGCAGCGUCAACCGGAGCGUCCUGGCCAACGCGCCCUGCUCGGUGGGCAUCCUCGUCGACCGCGGGCUCAGCGGUGGCGGGCGGUUCUCCGUCAGCCAGUUCGUGGAGCACCACGUUGCGGUCCUCUUCUUCGGCGGGCCCGAUGACCGCGAGGCGCUCGCCUACUCGUGGCGAAUGGCGGAGCACCCGAGCGUCAACCUCACCGUAGUCCGCUUCCUUCCCGGCGAGGAGGCCCCGGUGCCGCCCAGCCCCUCUCUCUCGUGUGCGUCUGGCGAGCACGCCGCCAUGACGGUGGUGGAGGACGACAGCAUGCAGCGGCAGCUGGACGACGAGUGCGUGAACGAGUUCCGCCUCAGGUACGUGAGCGACGAGUCGGUCAUGUACACCGAGAAGGUCGUCAACAACGCCUCGGAGGCGGUGGCAGCAAUACGCGCGAUGAACAGCAUCCACAGCAUGUACGUGGUGGGGAGAGGUCAAGGGAGGGAGUCUUCGCCGCUGCUAGCGGGGCUGACGGAGUGGAGCGAGUACCCGGAGCUCGGGGCGAUCGGGGACAUGCUCGUGUCUGCCGACUUCGGGGCGCAGGUGUCGGUGCUGGUGAUCCAGCAGCACCUAGGCGACGACGUUGGGGGCUUCAUGGAAGUGAUGGCGGCGUCGGAGAGCCCCAAAUUGCAGGUGCCGCGGUACUUCGACAACGUAAACCACAAGUCACGGCCGGGAGGCUUCAGCGACGGAUGGAGUGCAAUUUAA